AUGAUAAUACAUUCCUAUAAAAUGGGGAUACCUAGCCGGAAUGAUUCACUUUGUUCUACUAAACAAACAGAAACAAAUAUGAAAUUCCUGAUCACCGUAGCCGCUGUGUUCGCCGUAGCUGCCGCCGUGCCGGCCAAACGUGGACACUACGAGAGCCCAGAUGUCGGUCCUGCCCUAGUCGAAGCUCCCAUCGUCCCAUCCCCAGUCCACGUCGGACCCCUCGUUCCUGGUCAACUUACCCCUCUCGUCCACAUUCUUAUUAACAUCAACGAUGCUGCCAGCGCUACCCCCGUUGAAAGCGUCGAACCUGAACAAUCAAAUGUUGAAGAAAAGCCUGCUGUUUCUCCCGUGAUCAUUGCUGAUCCUGCCAUCAUAGUACCUAGCCCGGUAAUUGUUGCCGAGGGACCUAGUGUAGCCCCUGUGAUCGUGGCUGACCCCGCCAUUGUGGCCCCUAGCCCAGUGCACGUUGGUGACGUGUCCCUGGUGUCCCCCGUGGUCGUGGCUGACCCUGCCAUUGUGGCCCCUAGCCCAGUGCUCGUCGGUGACGUGUCCAUCGUGUCCCCCGUGGUCGUGGCUGACCCCGCCAUUGUGGCCCCUAGCCCAGUGCUCGUCGGUGACGUGUCCAUCGUGUCCCCCGUGGUCGUGGCUGACCCCGCCGUUGUUGCCCCUAAGCCUGUCAUCAUCAGUCCCGUCGAGCCAGUCGGAGUGGAACCAGUUAUCGUUGCUAAUCAUUUCUAAAAUAUAAAAAAAUAACCAAAUGACAUCUUCUACAUGUG